AUGCUGGACAAGUGGCUGGAACAGCUCAUGUCGUGUGAGCCAUUGGCAGAGACAGAAGUAAAAGAGCUUUGCAGAAUGGCAAUUGAAAUAUUCCAAAGAGAAAGCACCCUUAUCUCGCUUAAAGCACCGGUUACAAUUUGCGGGGAUGUCCACGGGCAGUUCUUUGACCUUCUGGAGCUCUUUAAAGUCGGAGGAUUUCCCCCAGAAACGCCGUAUCUUUUUAUGGGGGACUACGUGGACCGGGGAUACCACUCCGUUGAGACGCUGAGUCUUCUCCUGUGCCUGAAGGUGAAGCACCCGCAGUCCGUGGGGAUGCUCCGGGGAAACCACGAAAGCAGGCAGAUCACGCAGGUGUACGGGUUCUACGACGAGUGCUUCCGGAAGUACGGGUCUUCAAACGUGUGGAAGUAUUUCACCGAUCUUUUCGACUAUUUGCCGCUCGCUGCGAUUGUAAAUAACGACGUGUUUUGCCUGCACGGAGGGCUGAGUCCUGCCCUGGACACGCUCGACGAGAUCCGGAAGAUUGACCGCGUCCAGGAAGUCCCGCACGAGGGCGGAAUGUGCGACCUUUUGUGGAGCGACCCGGAGGAGAGAAAGGGCUGGGGGGCGUCUCCGCGCGGGGCUGGCUACACUUUCGGAGAGGACAUAACAGAGCAGUUCACGCGGAAGAACGGGCUGAAGAUGAUAUGCAGGGCCCACCAGCUGGUGAUGAACGGGCACAACUGGAACCACCAUAAGGGCGUGGUCACGGUCUUUUCUGCGCCCAACUACUGCUACAGAUGCGGGAACUUGGCGUCUCUUAUGGAGAUGGACGAGCACGGGGCGUACCAGUUCACGCAGUUUGACUCUUCUCCAGAGCAGGCGCAGGACAGAAGCGCAAGCCAGCUGCCAAACUACUUUCUAUAG